AUGGUGUCGGGAAGCUGGACGUCGUGGUUUUGCUCAUUCCUAGCGGUUACGCAUCUGUCCGCCACGCUCGCGUUUGCGCUAGCGUUCGACCGCGCAGCAUGCCAGUACCCAACGGACGACCCUCUCGAGAGCUGUCCAUCCGACACGCUUCUCGUCGGUCCCUCCGGAAACUUCAGCACCAUCCAGUCCGCGGUGCUGAGCCUUCCCAACGAUACGACUCCAUACAUCAUCCUCGUCGAGUCCGGCAACUACACCGAACAAGUGAAUGUCACGCGUCCGGGACCGCUCUACCUCCUGGGCCAGACGCGCUCGCCCAACGACCGCACGCAGAACACCGUCGCGGUGUAUUGGGCGGCCAUCGCGGGCACUGGGGACAACGCAUACACUAGCACGCUCACCGUCGCACCGACGCUCAAUGCCAGUCUGACUGGCUCGGGCCCGACGGGCAACCCGGUACCUCCUGGGACCCCGUUUGGCAACACGGACUUCAGGGUGUACAAUAUGGACUUCAUCAAUGACUAUGCACCGUACUCCGACGACCCGAGCUUGGCCGUGAGCGUCAGCUACGCAAACACCGGGUUCUACUACGCUGGGUUCUAUAGUUACCAGGAUACGGUAUAUAUCGGCAAGCUCGGAAACGGGUACUUCUACGACAGCGAAGUCGCCGGCCAGACUGACUUCUUCUACGGCUUCGGGACUGCCUGGGUGCAGUCGUCCCUCGUAACCCUGCGUGGCUGCGGAGGAGGCAUCACAGCGUGGAAAGGCACCAACACCACCUUCGAGAAUAAAUACGGCAUUUACAUCCACGACUCCGCCGUCAUCAAGGCGAAUAACAGCCUGAGCAUUGCUGGCCAGUGUGCGCUCGGCAGGCCAUGGAACGCCCAGAUGCGCGCGAUCUUUGUGAACAACUACCUGGACGACAGCAUCCGGCCCGCAGGGUACAUCGAAUGGCAGAGCACGGACCCGCGGAUCGACUAUAACACGACGAUGGGCGAGUUCUACGAUGUUGGACCUGGCUUCAACCUCACGGGCAGGCUCGAUGGCGGUGUGACGACGCUGCUGACACCGGAGGAAUACGCGGCGUAUGCGACCGUCGAGCAGGUGUUCCAGUACCCGUUCAGCGGGGAGUACGGGAAUGUGGGGUGGAUUGACUUCGCUCCGUGGAGUUAG